GUUGUUGCUGGUGGCAGUGUGCCGGGUUGUUUUUGCUCGAAGACCAAGUUUGUGUCUGUUGUUAUCAUAUUAGCAGUAGUAGUUUUAUUUGAGGAUGGCUGAUGUUCUGGACAUAGAUAACGCUGAAGAAUUUGAAGUUGAUGACGAAGGCGAUCAGGGAAUAGCACGUCUUAAGGAGAAGGCAAAGAAGAGAAAGGGUCGUGGGUUUGGUAGUGAUAAUUCUGCAAGAGAGGAUAUUAAAGAAUAUGAAAGUAUGGAUGCAGAUGGAGACGAAGAGCCUGGUCCGCAGAGAUCUGUGGAAGGCUGGAUUUUGUUUGUGACAUCAGUUCAUGAAGAAGCUCAAGAAGAUGAUGUACAUGAUAAAUUUUCUGAAUUUGGAGAAAUAAAGAACAUUCACUUGAACCUUGACAGGCGUACAGGAUACCUGAAGGGCUAUGCAUUAGUGGAAUAUGAAACUUUCAAGGAAGCACAAGCAGCAAGAGAAUCUCUUAAUGGCACUGAGUUUCUUGGACAACAGAUAGGUGUAGACUGGUGUUUUGUUAAAGGGCCAAAGCGCACGAGGAGAAGCCGCAGGAGGAGAUAAACAUGUUUUUCACUAUAUUUACAGACUUCCAUUGUGUUUCUUUUCAUUAUUCAUUGUUCAUUGGUUUUUUAUCUCAGUUUUAUGUACGAUAGAGGUUCAUAUGAAAGCUCUUGUAAGUUAUUACAUUGAAGGACUAUGAAAUAUUUAGAGAAAAUAAAUAUAGUUUUCCAUUAA